AUGGACCCGCCAGAAGCGGCCUGCUCCAGCUUGGAGCUGCGCGCCGCCGCCGCCCGCGAGCUGCUUCUGGCCGCGCUCGAGGACCUGAGCCAGGAGCAGUUGAAGCGCUUCCGCCACAAGCUGCGGGACGCGCCGCAGGAUGGCCGCAGCAUCCCCUGGGGGCGGCUCGAGCGCGCGGACGCCGUGGACCUGGCCACGCAGCUGACCCAUUUCUAUGGGCCGGAGCCCGCCCUGGACGUCGCCCGCAAGACCCUGAAGAGGGCGGACGUGCGCGACGUCGCCGCCAGGCUCAAGGAGCAGCGGCUGCAGCGGCUCGGUCCCAGCUCCUCGGCGCUGCUCUCCGUGUCCGAGUACAGGAAGAAGUACCGGGAGCACGUGCUGCGGCAGCACGCCAAGGUGAAGGAGAGGAACGCCCGCUCGGUGAAGAUCAACAAGCGCUUCACCAAGCUGCUCAUCGCGCCCGAGAGCGCUGCCCUGGAGCGCGAGGCCCUGGGGCCCGCGGCGGAGCCCGAGCCGGAGCGCGCUCGGCGCUCGGACACCCACACCUUCAACCGCCUGUUCGGCCGCGACGAGGACGGCCAGCGCCCGCUGACCGUGGUGCUGCAGGGCCCGGCGGGCAUCGGCAAGACCAUGGCAGCCAAGAAAAUCCUGUAUGACUGGGCGGCAGGUAAGCUGUACCAUGGCCAAGUGGACUUCGCCUUCUUCAUGCCUUGCAGAGAACUGCUGGAGCGACCGGGCACCUGCAGCCUGGCCGACCUGAUCCUGGCCCAGUGUCCGGACCGCGGCGCGCCUGUGCGGCAGAUGCUCGCAGUGUCCGAGCGGCUGCUCUUCAUCCUGGACGGCGCGGACGAACUACCGGGGCUGGACGAGGCCGCGCCCUGCACGGACCCCUUCGAGGCCGCAGGAGGCGCGCGGGUGCUGGGAGGCCUCCUGAGCAAAGUGCUGCUGCCCCAAGCCCGCCUGCUGGUGACCACGCGCACCGCCGCCCCGGGCAGGCUGCAGGGCCGCCUGUGCUCCCCGCAGUGCGCCGAAGUGCGGGGCUUCUCCGACAAGGACAAGAAGAAGUACUUCUACAAGUUCUUCCAGGACGAGUGGAGGGCGGAGCGUGCCUACCGCUUCGUGAAGGAGAACGAGACGCUGUUUUCUCUGUGUUUCGUGCCCUUCGUGUGCUGGAUCGUGUGCACCGUUCUGCGCCAGCAGCUGGAGCUUGGCCAAGACCUGUCGCGCACCUCCAAGACCACGACGUCCGUGUACCUGCUCUUCAUCGCCAGCCUCCUGAGCUCGGCGCCCGCCGCCGCCGGACCCCGGAUACAAGGCGAGCUGCGCAAGCUGUGCCGCCUGGCUCGCGAGGGCGUUCUGGCGCACAGAGCACAGUUCACUGAGAAGGAUCUGGAAAGACUGCAGCUGCAUGGCUCCAAAGUCCAGAUGCUGUUUCUCAUCAAGAAAGAGCUACCAGGCGUGCUCCAGGCCGAGGUCACCUACCAGUUCACUGACCAUAGCUUCCAGGAGUUCUUCGCUGCGCUAUCCUACCUGCUGGAGGACGAGGGGGCCCCCGGGGCACCGGCUGUCCGAGUCGGAGAGCUGCUGCGGGGGGACCCGGAGCUGCGUUGCCACCUCGCGCUCACCACGCGCUUCCUCUUCGGACUGCUGAGCCUGGAGCGGAUGCGCGACAUUGAGCACCACUUUGGCUGCGUAGUUUCAGAGCGCGUGAAGCAGGAUGUCUUGAAGUGGGUGCAGGACCAGGGCCAGGGGUGCCCUAGAGUGGCGCCAAAAGGAGCCAAGGAGAGUGACGCGCUCCAGGACUCCGAGGAGUCCGAGGAGCAGGAAGAGGAGGACGGGGAGGAGGAGGAGGCCAACUUCCCGCUGGAGUUGUUGUAUUGUCUGUAUGAAACGCAGGAGACUGCCUUCGUUCGCCACGCCCUGCGGGGCCUCCCUGAGCUGGCGCUGGAGCGCUGGCGCUUCAGCCGCAUGGACAUGACUGUCCUGAGCUACUGCGUACGGUGCUGCCCUGCAGGACAGGCCCUGCGGCUGGUGAGCUGUACGCUCCCCCCGGUGCAGAAGAAGAAGAAGAAGAGCCUGAUGAAGCGACUGCAGAGCAGUUUGAGCAGCAGCUCGGAUCCCCCAGCCACCACGAAAAAACCCCAGGCUUCCUCACUGCGGCCGCUCUGUGAAGCCAUGACCGACAAGCAGUGUGGUCUGACCAGCCUAACGCUGUCCCGCUGCAGACUCCCAGACUCCGUGUGCCACGACCUGUCCACGGCCCUGAGGGAGGCCCCCGCCCUGACCGAGCUGUGCCUCCUCCACAAUGGGCUCAGCCAGGGAGGUCUGCGCGUGCUGAGCCAGGGCCUGGUCUGGCCCAGGUGCCGGGUGCAGACACUCAGGCUGCUGCAGCCCGACCUCCAGGAAGGCGUCCAGUACCUGGCUAGUGUGCUCCAGCACAGCCCCUCGCUGACCACCCUGGAUCUCAGUGGCUGCCAGCUGUCGGGACCCAUGGUGACCCACCUGUGUGCGGUCCUACAGCACCCAGGAUGCCGCCUGCAGACCCUCAGUCUGACCUGCGUGGAGCUGAGCGAGCAGUCACUGGGGGAGCUGCAGGCUGUGAGGACAGCAAGGCCAGGCCUGACCAUCACCCACGCAGCGCUGGAUAACCACCCUGAGCCUCCCAAGGAAUUCGACAUGGCCUUCUGA